UUCGAUUCCUUUUCAACUCUUUACUCUUGGAUAUAUUUCACCAUGUCUGACGAAGACUAUUCAAAGUUGAAAGACAAGGUAGCUGCCUCAGGGCAGGGGAAGACGGAAGAACCAAAUAUCAAACAUUCGGAAAUUUCAAUUCGGCAACAAGAGCCGAAAAGCGGAGGUCCGGCAAUUAUCACGGAGAAAUCAGGAACUGUUCGCCCAGAUAGACAGUUUCCAGAGUACGCCAUGGUUAUCCGGGACAAAAUCAAUGCCAAAUACGAGCACCAAGGAACAUUUCUCGAAAUCCAAUCAUCGAUUAUGCAGGAAGCAAUUCGAAGCGCCUUUAGUGAACACUCACAACUCGAUGUUCGCGCGGACCCGAUCAUCUUUCAGAAGCCAUAUUAUCCAUUGUUUCAACGUCGAGACAAGAUCAAAAAGAUUGCGGAAGCCGCAUUAACAUCAAACGACGAAAUGCGAAAGACGCAUUUCAAAUGGUUGCUGAAAUUCAUGGACGAUAGUUUCCAGGAGCUGGAAAUCAUUCACAAGAGCCAGGUUGUGAAAGGUCUCAUUGAAUUUAAGCACGUCCAGAUGAUUUUUGCUAGUGGAGGCAUUUUGGUUGGAGAGGAAAAUGGACUUCAGGAAUGUGUAAUCUUACAUGAUAUCAGUGACAUUCUAGAAGAUAAACAGAAGGGCGGCAAUUACGUGAAACUCAGAGCUUUCAGAUGGCAAUACAACGGAACAAUGUUUGGUCCUUCGCUCAAAAAGAUCCGGUUGGAUGAGUUUUCAGCAGCCCGGCAGAUUACCGAGCUGGACUAUUACCCUAUUGAGGCUCUCUCGAAAGAAAAGAGGGAGAAGCUAUUCGAGACAUUGAUCGAACGCGGUAAGAAGUGGUGCGAGACUGUCGAGGUUAUAGAUGGCAAGCAUUACAAAUACAACGGUAAGUAAGAGUAUUUUCACGGCGCACAGAUCGACUCUAAUUUGUACUAUAGGCGUUGUUCAAGUCCCAAGAAGGAAUGUUAACAAGCCCUGGAAAAUAGAACUUGUUCCAAUACAUGUAGGUCAUUAAGUGACGUAUCUCUACUGGAGGGAUUAACGAUUU